ACGCGACUGACAACAGAAGAGAGUGCUUUGUAAUGAAUCAUUACAAAUGAUGUUGUUUUGAGUUACGAGUAUAUAGUGUUAUUAGAAGUUGAAUGUUGAAAGAAAGUAUCUAAACCUGAUACUCGGAACAUCAAGCAUUGGAAGUGGAGACAACAUCACAACUACAGAAAAGUUCCGUAUGUGGUGUGACUACCAUCAAGCAAGAGCCAGUGGAAACUGAUGCAGUCGACACUCCUGAAUUUGAAUUUGUAUUCAUUGAGGAAGAAAUUCUGGAAUGUUCACCUUCAGAAGAUCUUUAGGGAACUAAUACAUUGGAUGUUGAGGGAAAGAAGGAUGAAGAAGAUGAGGAGGCAGCAGUGAGCAAAUAUGACGCAAUGGUCCUCAAAUUUGAAAUGGAGUCAGUAAGUUGUGGCAGUGAAUCUGAAAGUUUUCACCCUGAUGACAUGGAGGAUGGCAGCAGUAUUAAUAUCAGUGGCAGUUUAAUUGCCAGAGUUGGACUAACUGCAGGAACAGACCACAACGUACCAUGCACCUCCAACCGGGAAGCCUCCUGUGGUAAUAAAGGAGAUGACAUGCUGCAUUCUUGCAGUGUGUGCCACAAAAUAUUCUCAAGGAGUGACAGCUUGAAGAGGCAUUCCCGUCUGCAUGAGCACCCAUACAGCUGUGACAUUUGCAGAAAAACAUUCAAGAAUAGAAACAACUUGAAGAUCCAUUCCUGUCUACACAGUGCAGAACUCCCUUACAGUUGUUAUGUUUGCAACAUGACAUUUCACAACAGCAGCAACCUGAGAAGGCAAGUGUUGCUGCAUACAGGUGAAUGUCCACAUCGUUGUAGUGUGUGUCAUACGGGCUUCACAAACAGUAGUGACCUGAAGAAUCAUUCACAUCUGCACACGGGUGUGCGUCCAUAUAGUUGUUGUGUGUGUCAGAAGGGAUUCAUGAACAGCAGCGACCUGGAGAAUCAUUCUCGUCUCCACGCAGAUGAACAUCCAUACAGCUGUGACUUUUGCAGCAGGACUUUCAUAUAUGCUAACACGCUAAGGCAUUUGCUGAAGCACGUUGAUGAACGCCCGUAUAGUUGUGAUAUUUGCAACAAGACAUUUACAGAAAGUGGCACCCUGAAGAGGCAUGUGCUGCUGCAUACAGGUGAACGUGCACAUAGUUGUAGUGUGUGUCAUAAAGGCUUAACGAACAGUAGUGACCUGAAGAAUCAUUCACAUCUGCACAUGGGUGAACGUCCAUAUAGUUGUGAUGUGUGUCAGAAGAGAUUUAAGACCAGCAGCAACCUGAGGGUUCAUUCAUAUAUGCACGCAAAUGAACGUCCGUACAUCUGUGAUGAGUGUGGCAAGUCAUUUAGGAGUCAGAUCCACUUGAAGAAUCACUCACAAGUGCACAUUGGUGAACGUCCAUACAUCUGUUGUGUCUGUCACAAGACAUUUACACGGAGUACCAGCCUCAAGCUCCACUCACGGAGGCACACAGUGCCAAUUGCUAACUGUGAAUAUUCAGUCAGCAAAUUAAAAUUACUUUUCUCUACCUACAAUUAACGACAGGAUCACCUCAGUGAAGCAGCAUUUUUAAGUGCAAGAAGACAAAAAUUUGAACCGAU